UGCUGGCUCAAUGAUUUUUACAGUACCGACGGGUCCUAAAACCCUGCUCUGUGGAUGCUCCCGGAGACUGAGACUAAACUAGCCACUCGAGCGUAAAGGUGCUCAAUUCAGCCUGUCUGGAAGGAAUCUUGCCACAACACACCACUGAGGUCUCCAUCUGUGUAUGAUGAAGCUUUAAGAAACAAUUGCUUUUGGUCUGUUUUUGGCCUGACGUCUCCGCCUGGCACCACCAGCUUGGCUGGGAAACACAUGGUGGUCACUACAGCCACCACGGAGGUGCACUGACACCCUCGCCGCUUCAUCUCUCCUCCCCUGUCAAAUCUGCCCCGCAACAACACCCAUAACGAUGAGCUCUCACAGUCGAUCAGGUGGCUUGACCAGCAACGAGCAGCCUGUGGAACUCCUUAAACCAGCUUCACUGAACCAUUUUGUGGACGUGAGUACGGCAGCACUGCCCAUGCAGGUGCCCCCCACCACCACAGCCAUCCUUCCCAUGGACCUGCGCGUAGUGGACCACCCCCACCACCACCACCACCACCAGCAGCCUCCCUUCGGCCUGGUUCCCCAACCCCACCCCACGCCACCCGUCUCCACAGCUUGUCCCGCAUCCUCCGAGCCAGGCCGCGGGCCAGUCAACAACCACCAGGAGCAGCAGCUGCAGCAGGAGCUGGUAUCUCUCAAACACAAGCAGCAGCUCCAGAGACAGCUCCUGAUCGCCGAGUUCCAGAGGCAGCAUGAACAGCUGUCGCGACAACAUGAAGUCCAGCUGCAGGAACACAUCAAGCACCAGCAGGAUUUACUGGCGCUCAAGCACCAACAGGAGCUGUUGGAGCACCAGAGGAAGAUGGAGCAGCAGCGUCAUGAGCAGGAGAUGGAGAAGCAGCAGCGGGAGCACAAACUCCUCCAGCUGAAAAACAAGGAGAGGGGACAGGAAAGUGCAGUCGCCAGUACAGAGGUUAAGAUGCGACUUCAGGAGUUUGUCCUGAACAAGAAGAAAGCCCUGGCUCAGCGAAACCUAAACCACCGUCUGCCCAGCGACCCACGCUUUUGGUAUGGAAAAACCCAGCACAGCUCUUUGGACCAGAGCUCUCCUCCCCAGACAGCAUUGUCAGCGUACACUCACCCAAUGCUGGGCACCUAUGACUCAAAAGACGACUUCCCUCUCCGCAAAACAGCCUCUGAGCCCAACCUGAAGCUUCGAUCGCGGUUAAAGCAGAAGGUGACGGAGCGCCGCAGCAGCCCUCUGCUCCGAAGGAAGGACGGUCCCAUCACUACUGCCAAGAAGCGUUCUCUAGAUGUGGCUGAGUCUGCAUGCAACAGUGCACCCGGCUCAGGCCCCAGCUCCCCCAACAACAGCUCCAGCAACAUCCCCAAUGAGAACGGGGUCACUAUCUCCAGCAGCCCAGGAGAGGCCUCCCUGCUUCAGAGGUUGGCUGCAAGGGAAGGUUCAGUUAGCCAGCUCUCUCUCUACACCUCCCCUUCUCUGCCCAACAUCACCCUGGGACUGCCAGCCACAGGCCCUGCUAGCUCUGUGGUGUCAGGACAUCAAGAUGGUGAGAGUCGUCUGGCAUUGCCUGCAUUACAGCAGGGCAUUCCUCUGACCCCUCCGUUCCUGCCCGCUGCCCACCUGCCCUCCUACUUGGCAUCUUCAGCUCUGGACAGGGAGGGGGCCGGAGGGGGCACGGCUGGUCACAACCCCCUUCUCCAACACAUGGUACUGCUGGAGCAGAGCCACAAUCCAAUGGUUGGUCUGGCCGGCCUCCCACUACCAUCGCCCUCUGUCUCUAAACUUGCACGUGGCCACCGUCCCCUUGGAAGAACCCAGUCGGCCCCUCUGCCUCAGCAGCAGUGUGGACAGGCCCAGGCUCUGCAGCAGCUGGUCGUCCAGCAACAGCACCAGCAGUUCCUGGAGAAACACAAACAGCAGUUCCAACAGCAGCAGCAGCAGCACAUCAUCAACAAGAUGAUGUCCAAGCCCGGCGAUCAGGUCUCGGCUGCAGGCUCCGGUGCCUCGGGGCCAGCCAGGCAGCACCAGAGUCACCCAGAGGAGACGGAAGAAGAACUCAGGGAGCACCAGGGGCUCUCUCUUUCAUCCUCCUCCUCCUCCUCUCCAUCUGCACAGGAGACGGGGCCUCUGAGAGGGCUUGUAAUCAAGCAGGAGCCCCCAGACCCCCAAGAGCAAGAGGAGAGGGAGAAGAGGGAGAGGCAGGUCGAGCAGGACUUCCUGUUCCGACAGCAGGCUUUGCUGUUAGAGCAGCAGCGGAUCCACCAGUUGAGGAACUACCAAGCCUCCAUGGAAGCAGCCGGGUUAUCAGUCAGCUUUGCCGCACACCGCCCCCUCUCCAGAGCUCAGUCAUCUCCAGCAUCCGCCUCCUUCCCCAUGGUGGUACAGGAGCCGCCAACUAAGCCACGAUUUACUACAGGUCUGGUGUACGACUCUUUGAUGCAGAAGCAUCAGUGCAUGUGCGGCAACACUACCAGUCACCCAGAGCACGCUGGCCGAAUCCAGAGCAUCUGGUCCCGACUACAGGAAACAGGCCUCAGGGCGCACUGUGAGUGUAUCCGUGGUAGGAAGGCCUCACUGGAGGAGUUACAGACGGUCCACUCCGAGGCCCAUGUCCUGUUGUACGGAACCAACCCACUGCGGCAGAAACUAGACUGUUCAGUGAGCCCCAUGUUUGUGAGGUUACCAUGCGGCGGCAUAGGGGUGGACAGCGACACCAUUUGGAACGAGGUCCAUUCAUCCAGUGCUGCUCGUCUUGCCGUUGGCUCGGUGGUGGAGCUCGUCUUCAAAGUAGCAUCGGGAGAGCUGAAGAAUGGUUUUGCUGUAGUUCGACCACCUGGACACCACGCUGAGGAGAGCACGCCAAUGGGCUUCUGUUACUUCAACUCAGUCGCCAUAGCAGCAAAGCUGCUGCAGCAGAGGCUCAAUGUCAGUAAAAUCCUCAUUGUGGACUGGGAUGUUCACCAUGGUAAUGGCACCCAGCAGGCCUUCUACGCAGACCCCAGUGUUCUCUACCUGUCGCUGCAUCGCUACGACGAUGGGAACUUCUUCCCUGGCAGCGGAGCACCUGACGAGGUGGGCAGUGGAGCAGGUUGCGGCUUCAAUGUGAACAUGGCGUUUACUGGAGGACUGGAACCUCCCAUGGGCGAUGCAGAGUACCUGGCUGCGUUCAGGACGGUGGUUAUGCCUAUUGCCAACGAGUUUGCCCCAGACGUGGUUCUGGUAUCUUCAGGCUUUGAUGCGGUAGACGGACACGCUCCACCCCUGGGAGGAUACAAACUGACAGCCAAAUGCUUUGGCUACCUGACCAGGCAGCUGAUGGCUCUGGCAGGCGGCCGCUUGGUGCUUGCCCUGGAGGGGGGUCACGACCUCACAGCCAUAUGCGAUGCCUCAGAAGCCUGCGUCGCUGCUCUGCUUGGCAAUGAGUUGGACCCUAUUCCUGAGGAGGUGCUGCAGCAGAGACCAAAUGCUAACGCCGUGCACUCUAUGGAGAAAGUUCUUGAAAUACAGAGUAAAUACUGGCGCUCACUUCAGCGCUCAGCCUCCACACUCGGUUGCUCAUUGAGUGAAGCCCUUCGGCGUGAAGCAGAGGAAGCUGAGACCGUCUCCGCCAUGGCCUCAUUGUCUGUCGCCAACAAGCACAUUGGAAAGAGGGCUGAAGAGGAACCAAUGGAAGAGGAAGCUACUAUGUAAAGAAACAUCCUUUCGCCUUUGACCACUCAGACCAGUCUUAAUGUUUGACAGUGUCCUCAUCCAAACAGUGUCCAUUUAAAUGCCACUCCUGCGUCUCACCCCUGCCAUGCUAAGGUGGCAUCUUAUUGUGGGAGAGAACAAGCAGAGCUGACAAAAGUGGCGCUCAAAGGAAACGGAACACUGAAGAUGAGCGAUGCGUUGCACUGAUCAGCAGUGCACAGACUGAUCAGCAUCAGUGUGUUGCAUUGUCUCUUCAAGACCUUGGAUAAAGCGAAUUGACUCAAUCACCCCACAGUAAAAGCCUCGAGUGCCAGUGCUUUUAAAAAUCUAGACAUAAUGUACUUUUUAAAAUGCCAGUCGGAACCAUACACGGAUGAUCUGUCGACUUUUCUUACGGUUCUGUUCUUUCUUUAUCUUCGUCAUCACAUUUUCGUCAAAAACCACCAGAGCUAAUGUGAUUGUGACUCUGCACUACCGAUGAAUCAUUCCUGCUCUCUUGAGAUAUUCGGACGAAUUAAACAAAGUGGUUGAAUUUCUUGCGGUUUUCGAGUUGGGUAAGGAUUUCAGAAGAUUCCAAAAUGACUGACAGUGAAAGACUGCGCGUCCGUGCCUUUUUCUUUUCAAUCCUGGUGGAUUUUAUGUUGAACUCUACUGAAAGAGAUUUGCCUUAAAAAAACAGGUUUGGGAACGAGGCCUCUUCUCCCCAACCCCUUAAACAUUUCUAACCUGGAGAGAUAUCUGAUGCCUGCAUGUUGUUGGCACAUAGACCGGAGGACCUUGGCAUGUUUACCUAUAAUUCCUUGCAAGCAGCUUUCUGUCUCUCCCUGUACCUCCAUCAUUCCUUUCCCCCUGUCAUUUAAAUAAUCUUAUUUUAGAAGGUAGUUCCCAACCACAAGUUGGAGGUGGUUCAGUUUAAAAGUUGCAGGUGGGGUUGGUAUUACUCAGUUGAACCAUGUAUCAGACAGUCCCGUAGCCAGAGGAAACAUCUUGGAGGAAGAGAUGUCCUCUCCUGACGCAUUUUUAUUUAUUGCUGUGGACUUUUUUUUUUCUUAAAUCUGUAGAGAUUCUUCUGAAUUUUAUGGGUGCAGAUUUUAUGUGGACAUGCUGAUUAGAUAAGCAUCAAGCAAAUACUUACUGGGUUCCCCCAGUCAUGGGGGAGUAGUAUGUAAUGUAACAAUCACAUUUUCCAGGCACUAGAAAAGUCAUGAAAUUAGUAAUAGUCACUGAAGGUUCUGGAAAAGUCAUGACAUUUUGUUGUGUGUAAUGAAGUUGUUGCAGUAAACUUUAAUGGCUAAGCUUGCACCUAAUAACAUAAUGUAACAUAACGCCAAAUUUAUUUUCUGAAGCUGAUGAGGUAUUAUAGCUCUAAUAAGCAUCGACAUUUUGUUUGCAUUUUUGUUAAAUUUUCUCCUGGCAUUCUGACUCUCUCUUCAUGUAUGCCAACAAGCUGAAAUUAUGUUUGAAUAGAGUUUGAAUUGGAUAUGUUUGAAAAACACUGGGCAAGUGCAGCAGGAAGAAAAUCACAAUGGGUCCUUGAAAAGUCAUGAAAAAGUUUUAAAUUUUACCCAUAAAAAUUAUGGGAACCCUGUAAGUAGCAUGCACUGUACAAGAACUACAGUACUUCAGAAAACUACAAUCCCAUUGAUACUGUAUGUCUUUAGACAAUAAUGAAGCCAAAGCAUGAUGGUCUUUUUUUGUCUGUAGUGAGUCAAACCACUUCAUUUUUAAAUUAGAAUUAGUCUCAUUUGUUCCAGAUUAAUGAGACAUAGAGAGUGAUUAUUCUCAUAUGGGCCAAUUUGUUGAAGCAGCCGUCUCUUUAACACAACUGUGUCUCCAUGGUAACAAUGACCAAACCACCUGGGAUUUUCCACAGGGGUGUUCCGAGGCUGCACAGCCUCUCACAGCUGGUUCAACGCCUUUGGUCCCUUGUUAAGCACAUCUGCUCCACAAAUGUCAGGUGCUAUGAGACAGGUGUGUAUACAUCUGUUCAUAUACAGUGAAGCACAAGCUGCUCUUUAUAAAUAUUUAAGUAUAUGCAUAUAUUUUUACAGUUUCAUAAUCAUCCUUCUCUCUCGAGCAGUGACACAGCCAGUGGGAUGAGCCCAUAAAUAAUGAAUAACCUUGCAACUUUGAAGCACAUGUAGCUCAGAUUCUGCCCUGAAUGCUGAGUCAUCUGCAUUUUAUUAAAUCUGAAUCCUUUUGAAUCAGUUAUAAAUAUCUUAAUAUUUAAGAUAUAAAAAGACUGGCUAGUUUCAUUGUACACUGAGCUUAGUGAAUUUGGGUUCUGUCAUGGCUGUUAACUAAAACGUCAGAGUUCAACUGUGCUAGCCAGACCAUACUACACACUACCCAUCAACCUAGUCGUUGUCAAAUUCGGUUGUCCAUUUUGACAGAUAAAAUGCAAUUAUUCUGAUUAUUUUUGAUGGACAUCCACGAGGACAAACAUGCUACAACAGCCUAAAACAUUUCCAUUAGCAGAAACAUGCUGCAGCUUUAGAAAUUAUGCCAAUUCAAAAGCACAUAGAAAUAUCCAAAACAAAUGCAAAAACAGAAACGUGCUACAAAUAAAAAAAAUCAUGCUGCAAAAAG